AUGGAUGAGCUUACAAAUACUGAUUGUCCAAGAUCAGAUUAUGAGUUGUUUACAUCUUAUAAUGUUGAAGCGUGCAAAACAUCUUGCUUUGAAGAUUGUCUAUGUGCUGCAGCUGUUUCUAGAGACAACAGAUGUUGGAAGAAAAAACUACCACUUUCAAAUGGAAGACAGGAUAGUGGAGUUAACGGUAAGACUUUCCUUAAAUCAAGGAGUAGUGGUACCCUCCAAAGCCCAACUCCUCCAUUACCUCCAAAGGCAAAGAAUCAGAACACUUUGAUCAUUGUGGGAUCAGCACUCUUGGGUAGUUCUGUGUUUGUCAUUGCUGUCAAGGUGUUGGACAGAGUAUUUAACGACAAGGAAAAAGAAUUCAAAGCUGAAGUUAAGGUCAUAGGCCAAACACAUCACAGGAAUCUUGUCAGACUUCUAGGAUAUUGUGAUGAGGGACUGCACAGGUUGCUGGUAUAUGAGUACUUGAACAAUGGCACUUUGGCCAGCUUCCUUUUUGGGGAUGAUGUCAAGCCCAGUUGGCAACAAAGAAGCCACAUUGCAUUGGGGAUUGCUGGAGGGCUCGUUUACUUGCAUGAAGAAUGCAGCACACAGAUCAUCCAUUGUGAUAUAAAGCCUCAGAAUAUACUUCUUGAUGAAUAUUACAACGCUCAAAUAUCCGACUUUGGAUUGGCAAAGCUGCUCAAUCAAACCCAAGCUUAAACAGCAAUCAGAGGAACAAAAGGGUAUGUUGCAUUUGAUUGGUUCAAGUCUGCACCAGUCUCUGUGAAGGUUGAUGUAUUAGAUGCUCUGAUUGAAAAUGACAUGGAGGCCAUGCAUGAUAUGAACAAAGUUGAUGGUGGCCAUUUGGUGCAUCCAAGAAAACCCUGCAGUGAGACCUACCAAGAAGAAGGUUAUGCUGAUGCUUGA